GACUCACGAUAAGCAGCUGUGGCCAUUUUCAUGUUAAGGACGGUCCCUGUCACCCAGAUGUGUUAUUAAUGUGUUGUUGGACAACAGUGGGGCUCAGUGGCAAAAGAGAAAGCGCAGAGCCGAAACUUAAAUGACAAACACAUCCGAGCUUUGUGGAGCUGAAGACCAACCGCGGACAGUCAGACUACAGUGGUGUCAUUUCUGCAGUGAUAUGGCCGCUCACAGCCAAUCAGCGCGAAGGCCGCAAAGAUCAAAGAGGAGAUGAGCCAACCAUCUCUGCUCCAAACACCCAUCCUGAGAUGCAGCUCCUCUUCUCACUAUAUAUUUGGGGAGGUGUUGAUGUCCCUCAGUGUCCUGAGCUGAAGUUUGCCUUUGUGGAGAAUCAGGAGAGAAAGGCACUUUGGGGAUAGAUUUAUUUUUGUUUUGUUUUUUAACUUCAAACCAUAAGUUCUGUGAUUGCUGUAACAGAAUGGCCACAGGCGUCAGUGAGUGCGCGGGGAAGGCCAGUCUUUACCGGGUGGAUCAUCUCCUCAGUGCGGUGGAGAGUGAGCUGCAGGCCGGCAGCGAGAAGGGCGACCCCACGGAGAGGGAACUGAAGGUGUCUCUGGACGAAAACGAGCUUUGGCAAAAAUUUAAGGAUCUUACCAAUGAAAUGAUAGUGACAAAGAAUGGCAGGCGCAUGUUCCCCGUGCUGAAAGUGAACGUGUCAGGAUUGGACCCGAACGCGAUGUAUUCUUUUCUGCUGGACUUUGCAUCUGCAGACAACCACAGGUGGAAAUAUGUGAACGGGGAGUGGGUCCCGGGAGGGAAACCCGAACCGCAGACUCCCAGCUGCGUGUACAUCCACCCGGAUUCGCCCAACUUCGGAGCGCACUGGAUGAAAUCUCCGGUCUCCUUUAGUAAAGUCAAACUCACCAAUAAACUCAACGGAGGAGGGCAGAUCAUGUUAAAUUCCUUACACAAGUACGAGCCACGCAUCCACAUAGUGCGCGUCGGAGGCCCGAGGAGGAUGAUCACCAGCCACUCUUUCCCAGAGACACAGUUCAUUGCGGUAACAGCAUAUCAAAACGAAGAGAUAACUGCUCUUAAAAUCAAGCAUAAUCCCUUUGCCAAAGCCUUCCUGGAUGCAAAGGAGAGUGAUAGCAAAGACUUCAGAGACGAUGCCAGUGAAAACCAGCAAUCAAAUUACUCCCAAUUGGGUGGCUGGUUUAUUCCUGGCACAGGGUCCUUCUGCCCUCCCGCCAGUCCUCAUGGUCAGUACGGGAGUCCCGUCUCCCUUUCACCGUCCCACGGCUGCGAACGCUACUCCACCCUGAGGAACCACCGCUCAGCCCCCUACAGCAGUCCAUAUGCCCACCGGACCAACUCGCCCACUGGUUACUCCGAUAACUCUUCAGCGUGUCUCUCAAUGAUUACAAGCCAUGAUAACUGGUCCAGCCUGCAGAUGCCAACACACUCCAGUAUGAUGCCCAUGGCCCAUAAUUCCACCUCUGGUACCAACUCUAGUCAGUACACCAGCCUGUGGUCUGUGAGUAACUCACCGUUGACUACCGUGUCUCAGAGCGGUGGGAUAAACAACAGCCUGAGCUCCCAGUUCCUUCGUGGGUCCAGCAGCCACUACCCUGGCCUGUCUCACUCUGUCACACUGCCCUCCUCUGGUUCCCCCAUGUAUGAUAACGGCACAGCCACAGAGGUGCACGACACAGCUCAGUACGACACCUCUCCACACGGGCGACUGCCCUCGGCCUGGACUCCUGUUACACCUCCCUCGCUCUGAUGGAAAUUGUCUGCAUGAGUCAGCCCCAAAUUUAACAUUUUUUUAUUUGUCCUUCAUGAGCAACGGACUGCUCCAUGUUAUUUUCAAAGAGCUUAAAUAAGUCGAAGAUCUCCACGGUCCAAAAGGUUCUUCACUUUGGUCACUUUGAAGUUGGUGUGGAAACAAUACGACAGAGAAUAUGAGUUCUUGUACCGGUUUUAUGAAGUAAAAUGUCUAUUGUUGUAGAGUUUUUCUUUGGAUCAAACGGUAGAUAAUGUAUAUGUUAAUGUUUGUGACCAUGUGCAACCUGCUUAUAUUAAGCAUGAGUCCAUGAGAUUGACCACAUCAACACAGAAAAUUGUACAGCAGAAAGGUUAACGUGUUAAUAAUGUAAAUGUAAAUGUAACGAGGGAUUUAUGUGUAAAUAGAUUAAGCUUUUGUACCUCGGGGGACACUUUUUGUCAUUAAAAUAAAUGUGCUUGUGCCUCA